UAUUUUUUCCACACUGAGAUUGGAGCGUGGGGAGAUCAGCUGUCCCAGUGGAAUGGUGGCGGCCGGGCGAGUGUCUGGUUCUUGGGGUUGGAACCUGAUCUGUUUGGCGCCGCUUUCCAUUGAAGACGUGGAAGGUUUGUACAUAUUUGGAUUCAUGAUAACUGCAUUCCUGCUGAUCGUCUGUGGAGGAGUCCUGGUUUAUCAGAAAAUGAAAGCAAUCCUGACAGCAGUCCGGGCCUGUGAGAAGCUGUCAGGGACCUUGGAUGGAGUCUCCCGUACUGGAAAUGCACAGACUCUGAUGUUGGGGGGAUAUAAGUCAAUUCAAUUCAAUUCAAAAAUACUUUAUUGAUCCCAGAGUGAAAUUUGGUGUUGUUUAACUCAUUUAACUAAAAACUUAUUGUAGAUACUGAUGGCUGUAGGCAGGUCACAAACUGGACAUGAUUCUGACGAGAAUCACAGCUCAGCAGCGUGCCCGUGAGAUGUAGGAUUACACCUGGGUGAAGUAUCAGACGGAAAGAGAGGCGAGGAGCUGCUGACCUUUAUUUGGCAUUUAUCAAACUCCCUGGAUGACACGUGAGACCGAGGCUUGACUCCCCAUCCCCUACCUGUUUCAUCCGUGGGUCGAUCAGUCUGAAGGCUACGAUGGGUGGAGACAGAGAACUGACUCAGACAUUGAUGUGAGAGAAGAUGGGGGAUUGGAACUUAUUAGGCAGCAUCUUAGAAGAAGUUCACAUUCAUUCCACCAUGGUGGGAAAGAUCUGGCUCACCAUCCUGUUUAUUUUCCGGAUGCUCGUGCUCGGCGUUGCAGCCGAAGACGUCUGGGACGACGAGCAGAGCGAGUUCGUCUGCAACACGGAGCAGCCCGGCUGCAAGAACGUUUGCUAUGACCAGGCGUUUCCGGUCUCCCUCAUCCGUUACUGGGUCCUGCAGAUCAUCUUUGUGUCCUCACCCUCGCUCGUCUACAUGGGCCAUGCCUUGUACCGCCUCAGGACCCUGGAGAAGGAGAGACACAAGAAGAAAGCCUUCCUGAAAGCUGAGCUGGAGGGAACCGAGCCCGACCAGGAGGACCAUAAAAGGAUCGAGCGUGAACUCAAGAAGCUGGACGAGCAGAAGAAAGUCAGGAAAGCUCCACUCCGAGGUUCUUUGCUGCGCACGUAUGUGUUUCAUAUCUUGACCCGGUCUGUGGUGGAGGUGGGUUUCAUCRUAGGUCAGUGUGUUCUUUACGGUAUCGGACUGUCGUCUCUGUACAAGUGUGAAAGGUCACCCUGCCCAAACAGUGUGGACUGUUUUGUAUCGAGACCAACAGAGAAGAAUAUUUUUAUGGUUUUUAUGCUCGUCAUUGCUGGAGUUUCUUUAUUCCUCAACCUCCUGGAGAUCUUUCAUUUGGGCGUGAAAAAGAUCAAACAGAGCUUGUACGGGUACAAGUACGGAGACGACGACAGCGUUUGCUGGUCAAAGAAGAACUCYGUGGUUCAGCAGGUUUGUCUGCUAACCAGCUCCUCUCCGCAGAAGUUGAUGCAGCUCACACGUGUUACUAGUCCUGAUUCUCACCAGCCUUACCAGUUGGUAAAUCCGGCAGGCUCGACUCAGCAUCCCACACAGACAAGCCAAACAGACCUUCACAGCUCGCAGCAGCUGGCGAUGGUUGAGCACCGUUUAUCCCUGGACAACAGGAAGCCCUUGUGCUGCAGCGACAAUUCAGACGGACCUCAGGGUUUGAGCAAGCCAUGCUACACGGGMCCUCGAGAAACGCUGAUGGCCAGCCACAUCGAGAUCCCAGCGGCCCUGAGGAACCCGCAGAGGAAGCAGAGCAAAGUGAGCAUCCACAAGGAGCUCAGCGACAUGAGCGACUCUCCGGGGAGCAGCCACUACCCCUCCGCCAGAAAGUGCAGCUUCUUGUCCCGAGGAAUGUCGGAGGCCAAGCUGGCCAGUCCGUCUGACAGCGAUGCCUCCCAGAGCGGAACAGACACUGAGGUCCAGCACCUGAGCCAAGGGGAGAGUCCAGUUAUGACUCCGCCUCCUCCAGCCGGAGGGAGAAGGAUGUCCAUGAGCAUGAUUCUUGAACUGUCUUCAAUCAUGAAAAAGUGAACUGAACAGCAGAGCUUUGAUGCAAGGCCAGAUGCUUGUGUGGAUUUCAAGAUGCURAAACGUCUAAAUGUGAAGAGGAUGGUAUCCUGUCUCACAUUAACAUUUUCACUUCUUUUUAGCUCAUUAGUAAUCUGUGAACUGUGGACACUAUUUAACAUACACCACCUCUGUUUCAUGUAGUUCACUUAUCUUUCUCAGCAUUUGAUUAUAUUUACCAAGUUUGUUCAUAGCUGCUUCCUGUUAAAGUUUGUGGAUAGUCUCAGAAACAUAAGAUUCAAGAUAUAUUUGUGUCAAAACACACAAGACUGUUUGUAUGUUCUGUGCUUUAAUAAAUAGUUAAGUGAGACAGGAAGACUCAGCUUUAACAAUUUGUUUCAAAAGAAACGUCAGUUCAGUUCAAUUCAAAAUAUUUUAUUGAUCCCCAAGUGAAAUUAGUUGUAGUAACUCAUUUAACUAAAGACUUAUUGUAGAUGGUGACGGCUGGUCUGUAUUACAAUGUCGAUAUAUCCCUCAUUAAAAUCACAACCAUGAUUUUAAUUGAGAGCAAUCUGUGAGUUCUUGAAGCACCAAGUUUUCAGAAUAGUUCAGUCAGCAAAAUACACACAGAAAACACACAACGAGCUGUAAUUUUAUUUUAACUAGUUAAAGA